AUGGAGAAGCCCAAAUCUGAGACUUCCAGUUCCAAGCCCCCCUUAACAACCUUCGUUCAAGCAGACUCCGGCAGCUUUCGAGAUGUUGUACAACGACUAACGGGUCCUGCUGAGAGCAACAACGCCACUGUCGCCGCCGCCGCCGCCGCGGCUGCCACCCAUGAAGCUGCAGGCUCGACAGCCACCAGGGCUGUGGGAGUGAAGAGGCCAACGUUCAAGGCAGCACUCCACGAGAGAAGGCAAUACUCAAGGUCCAAUAUGGAGAUCAUUACCAAGCCACCACCGCCGUCGACUACUCUCCACCACAAACCUCCAGGAGGAGCACCGGCGGCGACGCCCAUGCAGCUGCCGCCUCUAGCGCUGGACUUCCUCUCCAUGGAUCCCUGCUACUACAGUGGCCAAGCCUUAUCUUUUUUUCUGCAGGGAAGCCCAUUGAGUACCCCUUCCAAAUGUUUCUCAAACUUGUCACUUGCAGAGGCAGCAGAUCACCAUGAGAAUUAUGAUAUUCAAGAUUCAUCGUCGACGAUAACAAUGGUGUCUUCAGCUUCUCGUGAUCAUGAUUUGGUGAUGAGCAGUGAGGAAGAGGAGAGAGCCAUCAAGGAGAGACGGUUCUACUUGCACCCAUCGCCUCGGUACGGAGAAGGAUAUGCAGAGCCUGAGCUGCUUACUUUGUUUCCUUUGGAGUCUCCAAAAUUAUGCAGUGAAUCAUAA